UUUUUUGCGGCAGGGUUUCCACGUAUUGUUGCUUUGUAUCCUCUCAAUAAAAGAACAAGAGGAAAGGACAUCAGUUCCAGCGGAAAUCCCGAAGGAGAGUUGUACGGAGUACGGCCGGCUCCUGGUCCCGACGGACUUCCCGAUGGCUCUUUUUACUUUUCUGGUCGUAAAACCAGCUACAUCAAGUUCCCAAACAACGGAAAGCUAGACUCUCGCUACUCACUCACCCUCCUUGCCUGGGUUUACCCUCAGGGUUCAGGGCCAAUCUUCCAUUUUUCUCCUGGUGGAGUUCGGUUCUGGGUUGUCAGGCCCAACAUUCUGCUCGUCCGAUUUGUUCGCCGCACAGGCAGACCAACGCGGCAGCUCAUAAGUCGCAGAUUGAUACCAAGGCAGUGGAAUUACGUCGGGGCAUCUUACGACGAAAAGACGGGAAUAGCAACGCUUUGGCGUAAUUCUCGACCUCUCAAGUCUGUCUUUAUCGGGAGGAUUCGUCUUGCUACCAACCGUCCUGUCAGGAUGGGUUCGCUGCCUCGAGACAUGAGGUACUUCCGAGGAAGGAUCUCGUGCAUGCAAGUCUAUAGUGUACCUCUGUCUGGACCUGAGAUAAAAAGAGCUGAAAAAGUCUGCUUCAGAGCACGUAAGUUAAUCCUCAACGCUUUUUUAUUAGUUAAGAUAUGUUUUUAUUAUUAUUCUCAACAUUAGCUUUUGUUAUCAUGAGACAAUACCUAGGACUGACCUAUAGAUAAUGUUACUUGGUGCAUCUUAGCACAGAGUGCAUUUUGAGUCAACUGUUCUGUCCUUAUAUCGAAGCAGGGGAUUGCUUAGUAACCAUGAAGACUGUGGGUAACUAGGUAAUAAAUAGUAAAUAAAUAGUUUGUCCAGCUUCAGUUUUUGACAUAUGAUAUUCUCGUUUGCUUGGUAUUCUCCCGUUUGUUAUUACUUGAAGUGGAAUGAUAACAUGGAAAACGGCGGAGUAAAUUUUUAAACUUUAACGGAGCUUUAAAAAUGGAAUAGCUGAAAUGUUAACUUUUGAUUCGGACAGAGAUAGUCUUGUAGUCACGUUCAAAAUUCUAAUUUUUGUUUUCCUUAGGUCCGACAAAUAAACCAACGAUACCUCCACGUAAGUACUUGCCCAUGUUUGUUUUAAGGGGCCAACACGUUCUGAGUAAUCAUCGCAAUGUUGUAAUUUGUUUCGUCGCAGGAGAGGACCCGGAGUAAAGCCAGGUUAAUACCAUCUGGUGUGCCUCAGAAGGCCAUACAGGAGGGAAAUAGAUGACUUUGCGGGUGUCUUUCGAGUCAGAGAGAAGACAUUUUCCCUGGGUCCUAACAGCUCAAAAAUUAGGAAUAAAAUUGGUGCUUAAAAAUCCUUAACUUUUCUUUUUCGUUAGGCCUUCCGGAUGCCGUGGCGUUUUACCCUUUAACCAUCCAAUAUCGUGGUUACGAUGUCGGUCCCAAUAAAAACCCGCCGGGUCAACUUAACAACGUACGUCCAGCACCAGGCCCAGAUGGGAGAACAGGUGGGUCGUACAGUUUCCGUGGCUCACCUGACAGCUUUAUUGAGUUCCCUAACACCGGGAAGCUGGACACCAAAAACUCGAUUACACUGCUGGCUUGGGUGAAUCCCAAAGGUGGUGCCGGUCCAAUCUUCAACUACAAUCCUAGAGGUUUCGGAGUCCAUUUGUGGGUUACACGCGUCGGAAGACUUUUCGUUCGCUUUGUGCGACGCACGCGUGUUUAUACCCAACCGCUUAUCGGUCGCCGCCUUAGACGCCGAUCGUGGAGUUUUGUUGGAGCUACGUAUGAUCAACAGACAGGUGUUGCAACGUUGUAUGUCAAUGACAAGGCUGUUGCCUCUAAAACCCUUGGCCGAAUACGCUUGGCAACAAAUUAUCCCGCCAGGAUGGGUGCAAGAAUUGGAGAUCGUCGCUACUUCCGGGGCUGGAUCACGUGCAUGCAGGUCUAUGACGUGGCACUCUCCCUGCGGCUUAUAAGGAUCGCAAAACGACUUUGUUUUAAAGGUAUUUAG